AUGCCGGAGCAAACGGAGCAACAACAGGAGCCGGAGUCUAGAGGUGGCUCCGGCUUGAAAGCCGCGCUUCAAGGCCUCCUCAUAUUCUUGCUGGUUCAGUUCGGGAUGAACCAAUUCAUGAACAGCAAGAAGGACAAGACCGAUGCUUCUGUCCCGGGGCAGAAAACUGGUCAAGUGCCCGCUUAUAUCGACCGUCCCUCGCGCAGCGAAAUCGAGAACUACAAUGCUAUCCCCAACCUCAUUGCUCCUAUCUGGCCGAUUGACAGCUCCUUGGAUAUCAGCAUCUACGUGUCUCCGUCCGUCUCAAUGCCUCCCCUGGCGGCUGCCCCCAAGGAUUCCCUCGUUUUGGAGGAGAAAAAGUUUGGCGUCGGUAAUUGGAGUGACACUCGCGAGAUUGAUACCACUUUCAAGGUCCCAAAACAGGUGCAGCAGAAUGGAACCUUGUGGGCGCAUUUCUACGUUGCUUUGAGCGGUAACCAGAUCGACCCUGGUGCCCGUGACUACAGCCCCGAGACUGCAAUCCACUUUGUUCGCCCCUUGAACCAAUACUUGUCCAAGAAGAAAGUUGCAAAGCGUAAGAAUCUCCUGGCAAGCGGCGAAGAAGAGGAGGAAAUCGAAGACGGCACGCCAAAAUACUCGGUUUCGUCAUACUAUCACCCCAACUUCACCGUGUCCCUAAUCCCUGAUUCUGGCGUGGCAAACUACCAGCAAAUGCACCCUGCCGUCCGCCAAUACGUGCAGCUUGAGAGCACUGGUGCUCGCGACCAGUCCGGUCAAAACACCUGGUACUACCCUAUCUUGUUUUUGAACACCUUCUGGCAGCUCAAGACGCAUAUGACCGAACUCAACUCUACCGUUGAAACUUUGCCUCUCCGCAUCACUUUGAACAACCUGAACAACUGGAAAUUUAGUAUGAUGGCUAGUCUGGACGAGGGUGCAAAGCAGAACGCCCGUAACGCCGCUAGUGGAGCGUCGGUUCCGGGUGGGGGUGAUGGAAGUGAAUUCGAAAUGAUCAAGGAGAUUCUUUUGGAUACCAAUAUCUACCUUCUCGCCACAACCGUUAUUGUCAGCCUUUUCCACAUGGUUUUCGAGACUCUUGCAUUCAAGAACGAUAUCGCUCACUGGCGCAAGAAGAAAGAUAACGUGGGAACCUCUGUUCGCACCAUUCUCGCCAACAUUUUCAUGCAGGCGAUCAUCUUCCUUUACUUGAUGGACAACAACGAGAACACUUCUUGGAUGAUUCUCGCUAGUCAAGGCUUUGGUAUUAUUUUGGAGGCAUGGAAAAUCACGAAAACCGUGGACGUCCGCCUACGUCCGCCCCCACAAAACUCGACUUGGUCAUUCCUGCCUUAUGUCAUCAGCUUCGAGGACAAACACAAGCUCAGUGAGACGGAACAAAAGACUAAAGAGUACGACGAGAUUGCCUUUAAUUACCUAUAUCUUAUCGCCAUCCCCUUGCUGGGUGCAUAUGCUGCUUAUAGCCUUAUCUACGAGAGCCACAAGUCUUGGUACUCGUUCAUUAUCGAGACUCUUGUAGGCAGUGUUUACGCCUAUGGUUUCUUGAUGAUGGUGCCCAGUCUAUAUAUCAACUAUCGCUUGAAGUCCGUCGCCCAUAUGCCCGGAAAAGCGUUGACAUACAAAUUCCUGAACACAUUCAUUGAUGAUCUGUUUGCAUUCACCGUCAAAAUGCCAUGGCUACACCGGCUUGCAACUCUCAGAGAUGACGUCAUCUUCUUUGUCUGGCUUUACCAGGGCUGGAAGUACAAGGUCGACUACAAGCGUGUCAACGAAUUUGGCCAGGGUGGCGACUCUGACGACGAGGAGGUCGAGGAGGUCGAGGAAGAGGUCGUCUCCGAAACUGUCGCCAAGGCUGAAAAAUCGACUGGCAGCGCACCCAAAGCUAAGGCUGGCGCGUCGACACGCAAGAGGAAGUAG